AUGGUAGCUGACAAGGCCGACGAGAGCUCUCGGCCAGAAAAGGAGAGGCCAACCUCGCAGGGAUCUGCUUCAUCGGGCGACAAUUAUGAAAAGUCAGACUCUGAUGAUGACGAUAUCCCUCCAGAUGACGCUGGCGAGGACUCUUCAAGCAGCGCGGGACCGGCUGGUGAAGGUGCGGCCUUGUCUGAGAGGCAGAGGUCGAAGAUGCCUAUUGAAUCCGACGAAGAAACAGAGACGAACACGCAGUGCAACACAGGCGUUCGUGUACCACUCAAKAAAAUCAACAAGGAGCACAAAGCAGACUUGAGACGGAGUAAAAGCGCCGGGAAUCAAGUAGAGACCACCGGAUCUGGCAGCACUUCUCGGCGAUUAAGCAUUGGGGAGCAAAUCAAGGCGAUUGCGCAGAAAUGCCACAUCAGGCGCAAUUCGCAGCUCGAAUCAUCCGGACAAGCCAAUACCCAACGGUCUUCUCGACCGACUUCUCGAAGAGGCACCGAGUCUGCGGUGGACUUUCAAGGAAAAGUUUCCGUCAAGCAGGUAGAUCGGAAUCUUGACCCACCAGCAGCUGUGCACGAGUCUCCCACGGACGUAAAAGAGCUACAGGCGGGUGGAGUUAUUCUUGAUAAAGCAGGCAGAAAGGCUUCCCUGAAGGUCACCCUGGCUAAGAAGGAGCAGGAGAAGAAAGAACAGAAGCAGCGGGAGUAUGCUGCUUCUCUUGCCCUCAGAGAAGCAAGGUCUAUUGCUAGCAGAGCAUCUUCGUCUUCGCAAGUUGAAGCAAGCUCAUCGAGGGCCCCCCAUGGGCUAGGCCAAGGUCUUCUGGACCAAUUAGUAGAAUAUGACCUGGAGGAUCGGGUGGAGCGGGAGUCGUCAAGAAACCAGGAGAAUAUCACUCCAACCAUUGCGGAUGAGCCGCCUGUUGAGAACUCCGACAAUACGGACAUCGAUGACCAUUCUGACACACUGGAAGACGAUUCAGACGCUCCUGACGACAACACACCUCCUGACUACAGUAAGCCUCCCGACGACAGUAAGCCUCCUGACGACAAGCCACCCCCGACCACCUUGUGCGCCCAAUUUGGAAUCACGUACGACCAGGAUCCAUCAGUUGCAAUCCAGUCACUCAGCCGCACUGCGGGCCUUCCGAGCUACCUCAUUUCGCCACGAGGAUCUCACUUUCACACAUCUUCCGCGGACACACAAGCAACUGGAAAGCCAGUCUGCUGGACCCCAGAGGUGGCCAUUCUCGACAAAACGCCACCGGAGCCGUCUCCACAGCAUGAGCAAUUUGCCGCAGCGAGCAGUGACCUUUUAAAGCGUCAUGGGUUCUUCAGUUCCAACUUUGUCUUGUAUCUUCUAGAUCAGCUUGGGAACGAGUUUUGUCCAGAUCCAAGCGACACGGCUCCAAUCCCUGGAAUGCAUUGUUCCGAAGAAUCGACAGCAGAUCAGACCAAGGACUCUUUAUCAGCCGUACAGAUCGUGAUAGACGAGCAUGACUGGCUGGAGUAUUCUCAUUCCGCACAAGAGGAAAUUUCGAGAUCGCCUGCGUCAAUGAUUCCAUGUUCAACCGAGAACUUGGCAGGUGCGCAAAGACAGUAUGAUAGGCUCGAUCUGUGCCGUCCUUCCAGCAUACCAAGUGCCCGGUCUUCACCAGAGACUGAGGAAUCGUAUGUCUGUGACAUACAGAGCCCUUCUCCCUACUCCCUCGACGACGCGACAUCUGUCAUCAGCGAACGCUGUGCGCCAACUUGGCUUCAACCGACUAUGUUAAACUUGGGUAUACAAUCUCCUGUGUCUCCCGAGCUUCAUAACAGCAACGACUUCGGAGCGAUGCUCGAGAAAUCAUACAACGCUUCGUGUUCGACUCGCACGCCGCCAGCAGAUUUGGGCACUCUGUACAGGUCUAACCUCUCGGGGAAGUCCGUUACUCGCGCUGAGAACGAUCCAGUUGACAAUUCAGCUGCCACCGCUGCAGUCUGUGCGCUGACUGUGGAGGAUGACAAAGAUACUGUAACGAAGCUGUUGCUACUGGAGUCCUGGCUUGACCCCUUGAUCGUCACAUCUUGCCAGAUGGCUCCUCAAGGAGAGACUCAGAAUUCUCGGGACGCUCAAAGCAUUUGCAGCUCGAAGGACUGGGUCGCAAAUGCGCAAGAUGUACAAUCUUCUCAUCGGGGCCCAUUGGCUCGACUGGACAUUCCUGCCCCAAGCACCCAGGGAGACUUCAAUGCUGCCGACUAUCACACACACGAAGACCCUCGCCUUGAUAUGCUUGGACUCUAUAGAGGUCCAGACAUGUUGAAAGUUCUCACGCCACAACCUGACGUAUCGCAGCGAGCAAGCUCAAGUUCGAGUACCAUCUCACAGAGUUCCAUUGUUACCGCGUUCAAUGACUCUGAUCUGGCCACGUCUAAGAGCUUUGAUCAUAUUGCCACCAGUCUCAACGGCUCUGGAACUCGUUGCCUGGACAUUGACAGUCAUUGUGUUGGAGCAAACGCAGAACCUUCUUUGGCAUGCUCUGACACUCUGCUGCCAAAGCGGUCGGGCUCGAGUUCAACUAGUUCAUCGCGGACAUCAAUUAUUGCCGCUGUCACUUCGCCCUCGAACGCUUCGACUAUUUCCCAUACAUCCUCUCACUCGGGAAGCAGUUCUGGAAGCUCCGGUAGUGUUCCGGUCGCGUUCGGACUGGACGGCAUGUCACAAAAAUGGACACCUCGAAUGUCGAAGUCCCAGGCCAGCAUACGCAUGGACAAAGACUCCAAUGUCUCCUAUAAAGAUUCUUCGAGUGACACUACCGAUGAGCCCUCAAAGACAUGUCCAGUACCUAAUACUGAAGCUUUGAGGAAGUUUGUCAUGAAGCAUCCUAGCCUCCAGCCCGCACAUGAUGCUGGCAAAUCCGCGAAGAGACUGGAUGUUCGUAUGACGGUCCAAAAGAGAAGACGGCUCGAGAACUUGURGGGUCCAUGCUCUGAAGGCGAGGUACCAGAAAGUGGGAUCCCUGGUUGCAAGACCUUUCAUACAGUCGAGGAGGCGCCAGAGCUGGCGUCGGGUCACGAACUCGAUGCAACUCCAUCCCUCAUAGACGGACGAUGA